UUUUAAAAAUGGUGGCGGUGAAGGUAACAUCGACGAACUCUUUGUUUUCUUCGGCGUCACCGUGUGUUGUAUUUUCAAUUGUUAUAGCUUUUGUUUUAAGCUCAGCAGUUUUAUGUGAUGGAGGAAAAACCGGCGUCUAUGCCCGGAAACCGGAGAAAACCGGUGACAUGCCCCUUCACAGUGAUGUCUUUCGUGUUCCUUCCGGUUACAAUGCGCCCCAACAGGUACAUAUAACACAAGGUGACCAUGUGGGAAAAGCAGUGAUAGUUUCAUGGGUGACCCAAGAUGAACCCGGUUCAAAUACAGUGGUUUAUUGGAGUGAGAACAGCAAUGGAAAGAGAAAAGCCGAAGGGAAAGUCAAAACUUAUAAGUUUCAUAAUUACACCUCUGGUUAUAUUCAUCACUGCAUCAUUAGAAAUUUGGAGUACAAUACUAAGUAUUACUAUAUGGUCGGCGACGGUGAUUCGAUUCGGAAAUUCUGGUUUACGACACCUCCUCGAGUUGGUCCUGAUGCCCCAUACACAUUCGGUAUCAUCGGGGAUCUCGGGCAGACUUUUGAUUCGAAUAGCACGGUAGCUCAUUACGAACAAAACCCGAAGAAAGGCCAAACGGUAUUGUACGUGGGCGAUCUUUCGUAUGCAGAUAACUAUCCGAAUCAUGAUAAUGUAAGAUGGGAUACAUGGGGAAGGUUUAUCGAGAGAAGUGUUGCGUAUCAACCGUGGAUAUGGACCGUUGGAAAUCACGAACUCGACUUUGCCCCCGAAAUCGGUGAAACGACGCCUUUUAAGCCAUAUAGUAAUCGUUAUCCGGUUCCAUACGUAGAAUCGAAAAGUACUUCUCCGUUUUGGUACUCGAUCAAGAGAGCUUCGGCAUACAUCAUAGUGUUGUCUUCGUAUUCGGCCUACGGUAAAUUCACUCCUCAGUACCAAUGGCUUCAACAGGAAUUUCCGAAAGUUAACCGGACCGAAACGCCAUGGUUAAUCGUUCUUAUGCAUGCUCCAUGGUAUAAUAGCUUCAACUAUCCUUUCAUGGAAGGCGAAACCAUGAGAGUAAUAUACGAACCAUGGUUUGUGAAGUACAAAGUUGAUGUCGUAUUUUCCGGUCACGUCCAUGCCUACGAACGAUCUGAACGUGUAUCGAACGUUGCGUAUAACGUUGUAAACGGUAUUUGCACUCCCGUGAAGGAUCAAUCCGCGCCUGUCUACAUAACUAUCGGCGAUGGAGGCAACAUGGAUGGCUUAGUAUCCAAGUAUCCAUUUUUCUUGCAUUACAUAUAUAUUGGUUUUUCAGUUUCUUGCAUUACAUAUAUAUUAUUCUUGCAUAUUUGUAGCAUGAGCGAGCCGCAGCCAACGUACUCGGCGUAUCGAGAAUCCAGUUACGGUCACGCCAUUUUCGAUAUCAAAAACCGAACUCACGCUCAUUAUAGUUGGCACCGUAACCAUGAUGGAAACCCCGUCGAAGCAGAUUCGAUGUGGUUUUUCAACAGAAUCUGGCAUCGAGUUGAUGAAUCUUCUGUUUCCCAAUAAGCAUAAUAUAAUGUUUUCCAUUUUUUAUAAAAACCCCGAAAUUUUCGCUCUUUCUAUUCCGCUUUUCCGGGCCCGUUUUCGUAAUUUCCAUUUCAGUUAGUUUAUGUGUAUUCUUGUUGGUGUAUACAGGAUUAAGUAGCUGUGUAGAUAUUCUUCCAUGACCGACUGUAUAGCUAUGGAGAAAGUUGAUAUGGUUGUUAAUGGUAGAAAAAUAGAAAUGUGUUACUCAAAUGGUUGGGGUUACCGGUCCGAAAUAAAGACCGGUUGAAUCGGGUGGUCGGACUGGUUGAACUGAUUGAAGCAAGAACUAAUGGUUUGAUGGGUUUAACUACUGGUCCAAUUCUAAAAAUAUUGUCUGACUCCAUCAAGUACGUCUCUUUCACUAUAGAGGUGUCCAU